UUUCUGAUUACGUGUUUGAGAUCUAAUUAUAUGUUUUAAUGAUUUUUGUUUUAUGCUUAUGUAUUCCGUAUUCUCAUUAUAUGCUUUUAUAACGUUAACUUUUCGUCUUGUGUGACUACAGUUCAAUCUAGUUAAAGAAAUUAUUAUUUAAAUGAGUAUUUAAUUAUAAAUUUGAUAUCUUUUACUUCACUACGCCUACCCGCAGCAUAUUGGGGCUGGUAGCCAAUUACUUGGAACAUUAGUAGGAGCUUCAACAUGAUUGGUUGUAGUUAUUAGAAGUUGAUUGAAGAGAAUAAUUCGUAACAAGGCCAAACAAAUUCUACUUCGUUUGCCUGCCAACCACCAGUAGGCUGUAAAAUUUUAUCAGGCGCAGAUAAAUAACAGUUACCUAAAAACAAUUAGAAGUUCAAAGAUGAAAUUAUGGCUCUGUGUAUUCCUAUUUUCCGUUUUUUCUUCUUAUACAGCUGCAACUUUGGUGCAUAUUCAAGACUGUGGUGGAACAAGAGUAUUUAAUUGUUCAUCAAGGCAAAGCUGUCCUGUUCAAUUCGACCUGGAUGAUUGCAAUAAUCCACUUAAAUGUAUUCUUCAAAGAGGACGAAAGUACAAUAUGAAAAUCGACUUCCUAUGGGGUAACGAAGCCUCGCAGUCACUUAGAGUACAACGAGUAAUGGCUGGAGUUAUAACUACUAUACUUGGAAGCAUGGAAAUUGAUUACGAAACUCAAGAUGCCUGCAUCUCCAAAAAAGAUGGCACAAAAAAAUGUCGUAAGCGGGUCAGCUUUAAGUCUAACACCUGGUACAGUUCUGUUGACACGUUCAACGUUCCACAUAUUGGUUAUGCAGGGAUGGAAAUUAAAGCCAAGUACAAACUUGUGUCUCAAAGUCCAGCUGGUGCCCGAAUAACUUUGUUAUGUGCUAUGUUACAAGUGAAACUAUCAUAAAAAUGUAUUUCUUAAUUUUUUAUGGCCAUGUUAAGAUAGAUAUAUAUGUUUUCUUUUAAAACGUAUUUUUGAUAAUCAUUACAUUUGAAAAAAAAAAGCAAUCUUUAUACAAAGGAAUACAAAUCUACAACUUACUCCAUUUGUAGUUUUGAAAUAAAAAGUCAAUUGAAACAACUUUAUUUGCAUACCGGCAUACAAUAACCAAGCAAAAGAAAAAAAGGGGUAAUAAUGAAACAAAUACGUUUAACAAAAGUGAAUUAAAAAUAAAUUAGUUUGUUAUGUCACAGUGAUAAUGACUAUUUGAGCCUCGAGCUGGAUGUUUUCAAGUUUAAAGGAUUAACUCAGGGUGAUAAAGUCGUAUUUAUAGACUUUCUUUUUUCGUAAAGGUGUCUAAAGUCUAAACACGUAUUUAAAAAAUCACAAAUAGAAUCGAAUGAGUGAAAAGAUCAAGAAAAGAUAAGGAUAAACAUAUAUAUAUAUAUUACCAUGGUUCUAUUUGGAUACUUUAAGUCUUAUAGUGCUAUUAUUCUUCAAACUCAAGUAUUAUUAUUAUUAUGCCCUUGUCCUUAACAUACUGACUCUUACUAUGAAACCAAAUUCGAUCGUUUUAAUCCCAGUAAAGGGUUUUUACUCCUGACACUCAAAUAUUAGUGUUUCUCUAUUCAUGGCACAUUAACUUUUACUAUGAAACCGAAUUUGACCUUUUAAAGUCCGGUAAAGGUUUUAUUUUUAACAUUCAGCAGUAACGUGCAGAGGAUAAG